GGUUCGCGCCAGCCAUGCACCCACAUCAUGUGAUGUUGUUUAACACAGCAGCAACCACAGUCAGAAAGACACUGUGAGGAUCAGUGUGUGGAAUAAGAGGUUUUAAAUACAUAUGUACAAUUCUUCAAGUUCUGGAUUUUGGCCUAAUAUUAAUUUGGAUGCUUGACUGAAUUUAGACAUUUUGUGGGGCUGACCUUUUUAUGAACAUUCGUGUUCUAUAUUUCUCUUGUAACUCUUAAGGCUAACUAGGUGAGCUCAUGUUAGCUCGACAGUACUAACAUUCACCCAGGCUGCAGCUCGGGCGCAGAUCAGCAGAGCCUCUGAGCCUCAGAGCCGACCAUCAUUUCCGACAGCCCGUAUGGAUUUGACGUCGGAAUAUAUUGUUGCUUGAUGUUCCAAAAAAGGGGGCCGAUUACAGAUGAUUUCGAGGAUGGGGGAACCUUGUGACCUUAAACACUUUAUAAAGUGUGGCGUCACUUUGGUGGGCUCAUUUCUCUGAUUUGGAUUAUAUUUGGCCAGCAGUGUCUUCAGGCCUACUAAUACUCAACGAGUUUCUAAAUGGACUCUCUGCUCAAGUCCGAGAUCAGAGAAGAGGGGAGUGGUGCCUCAGUGAAGGUGGAGGGCCUAUCGAAGGCAGCUCUAAUCAAAAGCCUGUCUCCCAGAGUCAUGUUAUCCAACCAUCUCCUGCCUAAAGGGACCAAAAUGAAGGUCAACCUGGAAGAUCAGGGUCGUCAGAAAGUGUCCUUCAGUUUUGCACCGACCAAGAAGCCACUGCAGAGCCCCUUCUUCGUCCCCCCCAGCCCUGAGAAGCCUAUGACUGAACCUCAACCUGCCUUGUCGAGCUCAGACAGAGGGGGGCAGAGUGCAGACAGCAAACCUGAGCAUCAGCAGAGACCCACGGUGCCAACAUCAACAGCAGAGACACUCUCUCCAACAUCAGUCCCUUCAGCUGCUAAACUGAAAAUGGACUUAAAAAAGAUGCAUUUCAAGAAGCAAAUUCUCAGUGUCUCUGUUACUGAAGAGUUACCGACCUCUGCUGUGCCAAGUGAGCCACACUCUGCCAGCUUGCAGGUCACGCAAAGUGAAACUGAAUUCUCGACACCCCAGCCUCAGAAUGCUGUCAGUGUCUGCUCCUCUGAAAAUGCACACACUGAAACCUCUGAGACAAUAGUAACCACCCCAAGCCUCAAGAAGCAAGCUGCGUCCUCAGGAAAAGAUGGAGACAGUUCCAGCAGUGCUGAGCAGGACAGUAAAGAACACAAAAGGAAAACCAGGUCCCAAUCUGAUAGUGCACCUCCUGGCUCAGAAUCUGAUGGAGAUUCAGCCCAGAUGUCUUCCAGUCGCAGAUCAGUUGACUCCAAAAGUAAAACAAACUCUGAGAGCAGAGGUAAAGAGGUAAAAAAGUCUUCCUCUGGUUCACAUGUGGAGGAAAAAGAAAAAAGUUCCUCAAGGCGUUCAGAAAAUCACGAAAGGUCCUCUAGUUACUCCAAAUCAGACCGGGAUUCUAGACACACAUCAUCACGCUCAUCUAGAUCAGACAAAGACCGCAGAAGGUCCAGGUCCAGAUCACGGUCUAGAUCCAGAGGGUCCAGAACAAGUUCAUCUCACUCCAGAUCGGAGAGAUCCCGAGGUGACAGAGGAUCCCGAUCUGAAAGGUCGUACUAUCACGAUUCUGAUCGCAGAUCACACAGGAGUUCUCCACGCAGAGAGAGGAGACGUUCCCGUUCUCGCACUGACAGAACUCGGGACAGUUCAGAUUCUGAGGACGACCACAGGAAGACGAGGACAAGGACAAGUGACUCGAGUAGAUCGUCCGCGCAUGCAAGCUCACAUAAAGAGUCUAAAUCAUCUUCCUACUCAAAAUCUGAAAAGGCCUCUAAAUCGUCCGAUUCUCCUCAUCCCUCAGAGUUGGAUAAAAAAAUGCAACCGUCAAAAUCUGAAAGAACCUCAAGCAAGCGACUGUCAGACUCUGAUUCUCAGUGCAAAGGCUCACCAGACAUGGACUCCAGUUACCGUAAAUCUAGCUCCCAUCACAAGUCUGAGACCAGCAGUAAAUCCUCUUCUUCCAGUAUGCACACCCACUCUCAGACUUACGAGAAACGCCAAAAAAGCAGCUCUAGUGACUCUGAGGCAGAUCAUAAAGGAAAAUCUCAGACCUCUGAAAAAUACUCUGGAUCUGAGGAGAAAUGUCCAAACUACCAAAAGAAAAGCAGUAGGUCCGACUCAAAGCAGACGACACCUUCUAGAUCAUCUGUGAAAAACGGCGGACAAGAUAGACAAUCAAGUGACACCUUUCAAAGCCCUGUCAAAGCACCGUCAGUCACAAACACCACAGAGUUAUCUAUUCUGAGUAAAAAAGAGAAAUCUGAUUCCCAACAAGGUGCAAAUGAACAAAGUAUUCUGCAUUUGAAAGAGAUUGUCUCAUGCACUGAUAAAAGUCUGCAAGAACUGUCAUCUAAGAGGAAAGAAACAAAAUCAAGUCUUGAAGUUGAAACAGAAAACGCCUCAGCUAUAUCCUCGAGUGCCUCGAGUGAAAGCCUACAGCAUGUAAAUGCCAGCCUGGAAAACUUGACUCAAGUGAAGGAUAGCCCUUCUAAUAACCGACCACAUGUGAAAACAUUUGCAGCUGAUAUAAACUCAUUCGGUAGUAACGAAAGUGUAAUGUGUAGCCAGGACGAGGAAGUUGUUGGGCCACAGUCCUCGUUUGACCCACACGAUGUCCAGCAGAACACUAAAUUAGAGGCUGAUGAGCUGAGUACAGCUUUAACGCUUAACAAGCAAUGUGAGACAAGUGUGCCACUUCAAUCCGAUUCAUCGCGCCUUGAAUUUGAGAAUCAGCUGACACUCCAACAGCAAAGUAUGGAUGUUGUUAGAAAGAGCUGCAGCGGCACCAAAAAGUCCAGAUGGGAUAUUGUUGGGCAGGACAACCCGGAGAGUGAACAUUUACAGAGGACGCUUUGUGCAGAGAAUAAGCCUACUGUAAAGAAAUUGAUCUCCGUCAAAAAUAUAGAGCUCUCAAAAGACAAUAGUCAACAAGACUCUGAGGUAAACGAUAUUCAUCAGCAAGACAGUGAAACACAUUCCAAACUGGUGAGGCAGACAGAGAUCUUAGAGCACGAAGUGGACUCUGACAGCAUGUCUAUGGCUGAUAAAUACAAAGACCAAAGUGAGCCUUCACAAGCGAGCACCAGCAUGGACCACUGUGACUUACAGCGGAGUGUUUCUCCAAAAACAAACACAGGCGAGCCUCUGCACAUAAACGAAACAUCACAGGUCCUAAAAGCUUCAAACAUGCAGAGCUGGAAUGGCGAUGAUCAUGAAGAAAAUUCAAAGAUCAGUGCUCACAAGAGCAAAACGAGUAAGAGAACAUCACUUAAUCAGGAUGCAUCAGGAGGGCAGAGUGAGGCCAGUGAUAGUGACAACUCAGAGUACGACUCUGAUUGCGGCGAGGCUAUAAAACGAUUGCACUCUGUGGUGGUGGUGCCAAAGAAUUCAUCCCUAACAAUGGACGCACAGGACACAGGAGCUUCCUCAUGCACUCCAGUGAAUAGUUCAGAACUUCAGAAUGCUGACACAGCAGCUGACCUGAAUAUCAGUGAAGUUCCCAAACAAAGGCAAGAGAGUCCCUUUGCUGCAUCUGUGGAAACUAGCGGUCCAUGUGUGGGUGUGAACGAGUCAUCCAGUAACAGUAUGUUGUGUCAGUCCCAGAGUAACAUGGUUGAUAGCACCAGUCACUUAGAGAGUUCCAGCUUCAUCAGUGCCCAGCCUUACAUGGCGGCUCACAUCAGUGCGCAUGGAGGCACCGCAGAUCUAACUCAAACUCUUGCUAAACCAGGGCAUUAUGAGGGGGGGCACAAACAGCAUAAUGUAAGCAGUCAGGGUGAAAAGAUGUAUCCCCAUUAUCGGCAUAAUGAUUUCUCCGGUGCAGAUAAUAUCAAUGACAGGAACGGGUUCAACCUGGGUUGGGAUUUUUCACAAUCAGAACUGCCUAGUAGUACUUACCAGCAGCCUGAUAGCAGUCACGAGCCUCAGUUAUUGAACACUAAACUCACAGGAACCCCUCCCAAGGAGCAAGCGCACAUGCAGAGUAACGCUUGGAACCAUGAAUCUUCAAAUAUGCAUAUUAGCCGAAAACCCUACCUCCUCGUUCAUCAGGAUCCUGCAGGUGAAAUCCAUCCCGACUCCCUAACUAAUGACCACGACGACUACAGUGAAAAACCAUCACACCUCUCUAAAAUAUCUGUUGAGUGCAGCAGAACAAACACCCCAGGUUCAUCAAGCUUUGUGCAAGGCCAUGAAAUAAGCAGCAACAGCAGGGGCUCUACAGUCCCUGACCCCAACAGGGAAGACGCCUUUAGACCCCACAGAGGCCGUGGCCCUCCUAAGAAAAGGCGUCCCGAGAUCGAGUCGGAUUCAGAUAACGAGGCAGAAGCUGGGCCUGCAGGAAAGAGGGAGCGCCUCGGAGAUGUUGACGUCUCCAAGGAUAGCCAUGUCAAGCCAGAGGUGCAGCGUACAAUACUCACUCUGCACGACUUUCGCGACUCCAACAAGUGGAAGGACCAUGCCAAGUCUAAGAAGAUGCCCCCUUACUUUGACUUGAUCGAGGAGAACCUGUAUCUAACUGAGAGAAAGAAGAGCAAGUCUCAUCGAGACAUCAAGAGAAUGCAAUGUGAGUGCCCCGUGCUGCCCAGAGAGGAGCGUUCAAGAGGAGUAUAUGCAUGUGGGGAAGACUGUUUAAACCGGCUGCUGAUGAUUGAGUGCUCCUCGCGGUGUCUGAAUGGAUCCUACUGCUCUAAUCGACGCUUUCAGAUGAAACAACACGCUGACUUCGAUGUUAUCCUCACUGAAGACAAGGGCUGGGGACUCAGGGCAGCUAAAGACCUGAUUGCAAACACUUUUGUACUGGAGUACUGUGGGGAGGUGUUAGACCACAAGGAGUUCAAAACCAGGGUGAAAGAAUAUGCUCGCAAUAAGAACAUCCAUUACUACUUCAUGUCCCUGAAAAAUAAUGAGAUCAUUGAUGCAACACUGAAGGGUAAUUGUUCUCGGUUUAUGAACCAUAGCUGCGAGCCCAACUGUGAGACCCAGAAGUGGACUGUAAACGGCCAGCUUAGAGUUGGGUUCUUCACCACCAAGCCUGUCACAGAAGGAACUGAGCUGACGUUUGAUUACCAGUUCCAGAGAUAUGGCAAAGAAGCACAGAAAUGCUUCUGUGGGGCACCCAGCUGCAGAGGCUUCCUGGGUGGAGAGAACAGAGUUAGUGUUCGGGCAGCUGGAGGGAAGAUGAAGAAAGACCGCAGUCGAAAGAGUGCUCUCACCACGGUUGAUGAGGAGCUGGAGGCGUUACUGGAGAACGGAGAAGGCCUGUAUGAUGAGAAACAGGUGGUGUCUCUCUGCAGACUAAUGGUCCGAGUGGAAACCAUGGAGCAGAAACUCAUCUGCCUUAAGCUCAUCCAAGAUACACAGAAUCCAUCAUGCCUGAAGCAGUUCCUGGACCAUCAUGGGCUGUCUUUGCUGUGGAUCUUCAUGGUGGAGAUUUCUGAAGCUAAAGGGAACAGCGCCAAUAACAUCAAACUGCAGUCAGAGAUUCUGAGGACCUUAGCUGUGCUGCCUAUCUCUACUAAGAACAUGCUGGAGGAGAGCAGAAUCUUGACCUUCAUUCAGCGAUGGGCCCAGACAAAAAGUCUCCCUCAGCCUACGGAGAUGGAUGGUUACUCCAGCGAGAACACCUCCCGUGCUCAGACCCCCCUCAACACUCCUGAUGGUUCUUCCCACAAACUGGGACCAGAACUUGAAGGGGACUCUUCCAAACCUGCCGUGUACCGCCGCCUUAAAAUCAUCAGUGAAAACAGUCUGGAUAGUGCGCUUUCUGACGCUAGCAAAGCAUCUGACGGGAAGGAGGAAGAUGAAGAGGACGAUGAUGAGGACGAAGAUGAAUCCUCACACGAAGGCAAGCAGGUGAAGGCAGACCCUGAGUGUGAAGCUGCUGAUCCAACGAAAGUGUUGAUGGAAGAGCCGGUAAAAGAGGAGAAGCAGGAAGAGACGGAUAUAAAUUUAAGCAGUCAGCAUCAAACUCAAAGUGAUGAGGUGGAAGAAAAAGUUGAGGUGGAGGUGGAUUUGGAGAAGGAACCUGAAGUGAAAGAGGACAACAGCGAGGGUCAGACAAACGAGGAGCCAAGUGAAAAACAGGAGAGUGAGGAGGAGCAGACUGGUCAGGAAGUGACAGAAAACACUGAACUGGAAGGAGACCAGCCCCUCGUUAAAGUUCAGGAGUCAGAGAGUGAGUCUGUGAAAACGGAUGAAACUGAUCCUCCUCUUGAGCAGUCCUUAGAGAAUAUAGAAACCCAGGUAGAUAUACUAGAAGAUCCUCCUCCACCACCACCUCCUCCUCCUCCUCCACCUCCUCGUGACAGUGAUGCGAAACCUGGUGAAUCCACCAAUGAUCCUGCUCUAACUGUCGAAAUCAUAGAAGUUAGUAUACCCUCUGAAGUCAUAGCGCCCCCUGUGGACCCCUCAGUGAUGGGGACGCCUUCUCAGGACGAGGAGGAAGGUGUCUCAGAUGUGGAGAGUGACAGGAGUCAGGAGACCCAACUCAGUUCUCUGGACAUUAGUGGCAUGGCUGCCCGGCUUCUGGACAGCUGGAAGGAUCUGAAGGAGGUGUACAGAAUACCAAAGAAGAAGGAGGUGGAGAAGGAAACAAGUGAUCGUAGCCGAGAUCGAGACACAGCUCUGACUCCACGCAGAACUUCUGGGAGUCGAGAACGUGAAAGGGAGCGAGACAAGGAGAGGGAACGAGACAGAGACAGAGACAGAGACAGAGACAGAGAUCGAGAACGAGAACGAGAUCGAGAUCGAGAACGAGACAGAGACCGUGACAGAGACCGUGACAGAGACCGUGACAGAGACCGAGAUUAUGACAGAGACAGAGACCGAGACUGGGACAGGGAGAGAGACCGAGAACGUGAGCGGGACAGAGACCGGGACCGGGACCGUGACCGUGACCGAGGCUCUGACAAAACUCCACGCAGCACUGAAAGACGAAGGAGACGCUCCACAUCACCUCCAUCCUUAUCCUACGAGAGGAGCCGACGCACUGAGGAACGGUUCGACUCAUCAAACAGCAACAAGACACCGAGGGGAGUUGCUGGCAAGGAGCGCAACAAGCUGUCCACAGAGGAGCGUAGAAAGCUGUUUGAGCAGGAGGUUGCUCAGCGUGAAGCUCAGAAACAGCAACAACUUCAACAACAGCAGCAGCAGCAGCAACAACAGCAGCAACAACAGCAGCAGCAACAGCAGCAGCAGCAGCAGCAGCUUCAGACUCUGGCUUAUGACCCUACUCUUGCCUAUGCCUCCAGCCCUGGCUUCAUCACAUACCCUCCUGGAUAUCCCAUACAGACCUUUGUUGAUCCCACCAACCCCAACGCAGGCAAAGUCCUGCUGCCCACUCCUCCAGUUGAUCCCAACAUAAACUAUGAACAGACGCCUCUUAUCACAGACCUGGGACUUACCUCUCCAUCCUCCACUUCCCAGACCACUCCAGUUUCUAACCUCCCUCAGCACAUCCCUACCACCAACCUCACCACCGGAGACCCUCAGCAGUACGCUCAGCCCACCAUAGGAACCCAGGACGCGGGUGUAGCUGUUCUCUCUGUGCCGGCCCAGACGGCUGCCCAGGUGCAGGGUCAGCAGAGCUACACCACUCUCUGGGAUCCCACUACUCAGCAGGCAGUGACGGUGCAGACGCAGCCCGCACAGCAGUAUGCGGCCGCCCCAGCACCGCCGCAGACGCAGACAGCCAUCUAUUACCAGGGUCAGCCAUGCCAAACCAUCUACAGCAUCCCCACCGCAUACCCUCAGGCCAACACUCCCGUUAUACAGGCGUACACUGAACCCACAGCCAGCUACCUGCACAGCCAGCCUGUGUAUCCUGGUCAUCAGCAGGGAGUGGUGGUGCAGCAGGGAGGCACAGUUACCACCAUUGUGACAUCCCAAACUGUACAACAGGAAAUGAUUGUUCCCAACAAUGUGAUAGACCUGCCUCCUCCCUCUCCCCCCAAAGCCAAAACUAUUGUCCUACCUCCUAACUGGAAAGUCGCUCGAGACCCUGAGGGCAAGAUUUACUACUACCACAUUACGACGAGGCAAACACAGUGGGACCCUCCAACCUGGGAAGGAGGCAGCGACAACACUAGUGUUGACCAUGAGUCUGAGAUGGACCUGGGAACACCCACCUAUGAUGAGAAUCCUUCCAAGUUCUCCACCAAGACCGCUGAAGCAGACACUUCUAGUGAACUGGCUAAGAGGAGUAAGGAGACGUUUCGCAAAGAGAUGUCCCAGUUCAUCGUGACUUGUCUAAAUCCUUAUCGUAAGCCGGACUGCAAACUUGGACGCAUCAGUAACACAGAAGAUUUCAAACACCUGGCUAGAAAGCUUACUCACGGAGUCAUGAACAAGGAAUUAAAAGCAUGCAAGAAUCCCGAGGACCUGGAGUGUAAUGAAAAUGUGAAGCACAAGACUAAGGAGUACAUCAAGAAGUACAUGCAGCGAUUCGGCUCAGUGUACAGACCUAAAGAGGACACAGAGGUGUACUAACAUUGAAGGCCACACUUGCUCUGCGCUGACACUGAGAAGCACAGAUCUGACGUUCCAUUCGCCCCUUCUUGUACACACUGGUCAGCCUGAACCGUGAAGAAGUUUCUCAUACAUAGUUCUUAAAAAUUGCACUGCUGUCGCCCAAGAAGCUCUCCGGGCCCAGUGGAUGGAGAAGGAGCCGUCUCUAGAGACUGUCAGAGACUCAUGCGGCCCCUGAGCGAGCCCUAACCUCAAGGUCAGAUGGGUGCAGUGCUUUGGAAAGAUGACACUGAGGGGUGCUACAGAAACUUUCACUGACUGUUUGAUUUUAAGCAUUUCAUUUUUCCAUGUGUGGCUCUUAAAAGUUCCUGAGAUGAUCUACUCUAUUCCACUUUUUAAUCUCUCCUAGCGCUGAACCGGAAUCAGCUCUCGAUUUCAGAUUCAUCAGAGCGACUUUUGUUAUUUUUACUGGCCCUGACAGAACAGUCCGGCCCUUUCUCCCCUUCUCACUUCCCUUUUUCUUGUGCACGCUUCAACCCCCCUGUCACGGACUCUGUAUCUGGUGCUGCUUUUAACUGAGCUGUGGAGGUCCAAGCUUCCACUCCUCAAACCCUGCCUUCUCAACCACAAGACUUUGGAGCCUCUGUUGUUUUAUGAAUGCAUGAUGUAGGCUGAGGUCAGCGUGGUAUCCUUUAUGGAAAUUCCUACUUUUUCCAUGUCUCCUGCUUCAACUAAUAUGCCCUCACUGGGAUGAGCUUUCACUCAUAACACACUUAGGGAUCAGCCAAUAACCAGCAGAUUGGCAAUGGCAUAAGAGAACGACAUUUCCAUGUCUUUUAUCAAUUUGUGUAUAAUAACGGGAGCAGGGUUUGAAUGCUUUGUUUGAUGUGCUGUUUAGCUUUGUAUCCGUUUUUUCCCCGUUUCCUGUUCAGCCGCUCCCCUAACUCAAUCCACCCUGUUUCCUCUUCUUACCAAGAUGAUGUUGAGCAUUGCAGUUUUAACAGUUUCUAAUCAUCUUGUGAGUUCUUGUUCUUUUAUCAUUUAUAUGUUCUAGUGAGACUGUAGAGACACUUAGGCUGGCCUUGCUACACAUUAAUUUCCAGGAUUUCUUUCUCAGUUGUCAAGGUGGUCUCGUUAGCAUUAGGUCACGGUUUGUUGCAGCCUAUCAAAUUGCAGUAAACAAAAGUUCCAACAUAUGUACAUUGCUUUAUGUGAAUAUAUUGAAUAAUAGUUUUGGGAAUGUUUAAAUAAGCAGACACUUUGUUAAAGGACUAUCAUUACAUGAUUGAAAGUGUAAAUAAUGUGUAAAAUCACCAAAAGCUGUAUGCAGGAGAGUCGGGUCAGGGAGCACAGUGAGCCCGCCCAUCCUCACCAGCUCAGCACUCCUGAUGCAGCUCCCACAUCGCAGUCAAACUUAGGUUGCAGCUGACUCACAGCCCUCUAUUUUAUUUUAGCGGUGGGGGAGAUUAUAAUAUGUUUCUUUUUUGUUUGUUUGUUUUUGUUUAUUAUUUUUCUAUGUACAAAGUAAGUUUCACCCUACUCUACUGUAAGUAUUGUGUAAGCACAUUGUCAUACCGAGUGUACAAACAUUUUAAAGAUAAUAAAAAUUUUUGUAAAAUUAAUAAA